CGCCGGCUCAACCUGGGGGCGGGCUCAGGCCCGGCCCGCCGCCGAGCCCAGGACAGAGGCUGCAUGCCCGAGGACCAGGCUGGCACAGCCAUGGAGGAGGCAUCUCCCUAUUCCUUACUUGAUAUCUGUUUGAAUUUCCUGACUACACACCUUGAAAAGUUCUGUUCAGCAAGACAAGAUGGAACAUUGUGUCUGCAAGAACCUGGAGUAUUCCCACAGGAAGUGGCUGAUCGAUUGCUUCAGACUAUGGCCUUUCAUGGUCUACUGAAUGAUGGAACUGUAGGUAUUUUUAGGGGCAACCAGAUGCGCUUAAAGAGAGCUUGCAUUCGCAAAGCCAAAAUCUCUGCUGUUGCUUUUCGGAAAGCCUUCUGCCACCACAAGUUAGUGGAACUUGAUGCGACAGGUGUGAAUGCUGACAUCACGAUUACAGACAUCAUCAGCGGGCUUGGCAGUAAUAAAUGGAUCCAGCAAAAUCUCCAGUGUUUGGUGCUGAACUCAUUAACUCUGUCCCUUGAAGAUCCUUAUGAACGGUGCUUCAGCCGGCUUUCUGGCCUUCGAGCAUUAAGUAUCACCAAUGUUCUCUUUUACAAUGAAGACCUGGCUGAAGUUGCCUCAUUGCCAAGAUUAGAGAGCCUGGAUAUUUCUAACACCUCAAUCACAGACAUCACAGCUUUGCUGGCCUGCAAAGACCGACUCAAGUCUCUAACCAUGCAUCACUUGAAAUGUUUAAAAAUGACAACAACUCAGAUAUUGGAUGUUGUUCGAGAACUGAAACAUCUGAAUCAUCUUGAUAUAUCAGAUGAUAAACAAUUCACAUCAGACAUAGCACUUCGCUUAUUAGAACAAAAAGACAUCCUACCCAACCUCGUCUCCCUGGACGUUUCUGGGAGAAAGCACGUGACAGAUAAAGCUGUUGAAGCCUUUAUACAGCAACGGCCCAGCAUGCAGUUUGUAGGUUUGCUGGCCACUGAUGCUGGUUACUCUGAAUUCCUCACAGGCGAAGGGUACUUGAAGGUGUCUGGAGAAGCCAAUGAAAUUCAGAUUGCAGAAGCAUUGAAGCGGUACAGUGAACGGGCAUUCUUUGUCCGGGAAGCUCUAUUUCACCUUUUUAGCCUAACUCACGUGAUGGAAAAAACAAAGCCAGAAAUUUUAAAGCUUGUGGUCACUGGGAUGAGAAACCAUCCUAUGAAUUUGCCAGUGCAACUUGCUGCAAGCGCCUGUGUAUUUAACUUAACCAAGCAGGAUCUUGCUGUAGGAAUGCCUGUCCGACUCCUUGCUGAUGUGACCCAUUUGCUGCUGAAAGCUAUGGAACAUUUUCCUAAUCACCAGCAGUUACAGAAGAAUUGCCUCCUUUCACUUUGCAGUGACCGGAUUCUUCAAGAUGUUCCAUUUAACAGGUUUGAAGCAGCCAAGCUUGUUAUGCAGUGGCUUUGCAACCAUGAGGAUCAAAACAUGCAAAGGAUGGCAGUUGCCAUCAUUUCUAUCCUGGCUGCCAAGCUUUCUACAGAACAAACUGCACAGCUUGGUGCUGAGCUCUUCAUCGUUAGGCAACUUCUUCAAAUAGUGAAGCAGAAAACCAAUCAAAAUUCGGUGGACACUACUUUGAAAUUUACUUUGAGUGCACUUUGGAACCUCACAGAUGAAUCUCCAACCACUUGUAGACACUUUAUUGAAAACCAAGGGUUAGAACUCUUCAUGAGGGUUCUAGAGUCUUUUCCAACUGAGUCCUCCAUUCAACAGAAAGUUCUAGGACUUUUGAACAAUAUAGCUGAAGUACAAGAAUUGCAUUCUGAAUUAAUGUGGAAGGAUUUUAUAGACCACAUCAGUAGCCUCCUACAUAGUGUUGAAGUGGAAGUCAGUUACUUUGCAGCAGGAAUUAUUGCCCAUUUAAUAUCUAGAGGUGAACAAGCUUGGACAUUGAGCCAUAGCCAGAGGAAUUCUCUUCUGGAUGAUCUGCAUUCAGCUAUUUUGAAAUGGCCAACUCCAGAGUGUGAGAUGGUAGCAUACAGGUCCUUUAAUCCGUUUUUCCCAUUACUUGGCUGUUUUACAACACCAGGAGUCCAGCUAUGGGCAGUUUGGGCCAUGCAACAUGUCUGCAGCAAGAAUCCCUCAAGGUAUUGCAGCAUGCUGAUUGAGGAAGGAGGAUUGCAGCAUUUAUACAAUAUCAAAGAACACGAACAGACUGAUCCCCAUGUCCAACAGAUUGCUGUGGCCAUCCUGGACAGCUUAGAGAAACACAUUGUACGCCAUGGGAGACCACCUCCCUGUAAAAAGCAGCCCCAGGCCAGACUAAAUUGAUAGCCAUAGGCAAUUGGAUAAUUAAAUCACAGAAUUCCUUUUGGUGAUAGGUUAAUUUGGAGUACCUUUGCCCUCUGUGAUGUUUUGGGGUUUCUAUGACAAGAGUCUUAGUUCAGUAUGGGAUUGAUAAUGUACAGUACUGCCCAUGUGAACGGUCUCUAAUUUGUUUUGUGAUUUUUAACUUAUGAGGCAAGAAGGGUCUCUUCCUUCAUCAUUGCAUUUUAGGAAAUUUUCCACAUCUUUCAGUGUUUGAACGUACCUGUGCUUGAAAUUCUACAGUUUUAUGAUAAAGUUUGCACGAACUCUUAGGCCAGGUUUUCUGAUCUUAAAGACCCUUCCAAUCAGUUUGCAGCUUCAGAUAAGCUGUUACCCUGAUUUCUGGCACUUCUUCAGUUGUAAAUUUUAUACUGCUUCUGUAUAAAAUGCCUUUAUUCUCUGUGUACCUUUUAUAAGAUGCCCUUCUUAGUGUAAAAGAAUGGAAAUCUGAAUCCUCUCCUUGGGAAGGCUACUCACUGGCUGGAGCCAGGCUGGCUGGAAGAAAAAUAUAUUAAAAAGAAAAACUAUUAAGGGAGAACAGAGUUUAGGAACUGAGAAAAGAUCUGGUCUUAUGGUAUAGUUUUUAAAUUGGAGUAGGCUAUCCUUCUGGAGCCCACAUCUCCUAGGGCAGUGAGCAGUAGCUUCUUCUACAUAUUUAUUCCUGGAAGCAUGGGCUUUUGCUUCCUACUGCUGGUUACUCUCUAGAAAUAUUUCCCCAAGCAUCACAGUGUAAAAUAUUACAGCAUUCUCUGUUAAAAUUAAUUGUCUGAAUCUAUAUGUCACAUUGUUGUGAAAAUGUGAAUUUUUAAAAUGUCACGUUAAAACUGACCAUUCUUGUCCCUCUAUUUCAGUCAUUUUGUUCAGUGGAAUAGAGAUUACACAUGAUCUUACCUGCUCAGUUAGAAUACAAUUAACAACAGUCAAUUUUGCCACAAGAAGUUAAAUUUCUUUUGUUUCAAAAUAUGUGUGUCUUAAUGUUUUCGUGUUGGAGAAAGAUGUCCACACCUCACUGCCAAAAAUGAACAAGAAGAAUUAGACCAUUGUUAAAUGUAGUGAUUCUAGUUGGAGUACAUAAAAGGAAAUACUUUUUGAUGGAUUAUUUUUUUAGAUAAUUGCCUUUCCUUUAAGAUACCUGCUACACUAUAGUAAAGAAUCAGUUAUCAUUAGAUUAAUAAUGGCAGUCGGGAGGCAGCAAGUCAUCAAGAAACGUAAUUCCCAUUUAAAAUUUUAGUUUGUAAAUAAAGGUAAUCACAAUCUCAGAUGACUGCAUGUUUUUCAUAGAUGACCAGAAUGUUUUCAAUAGAGAUUUUAAAUGGUAUGUUUAAAUUAUGGUGAUUAUUCAGAAACAUUUUUAUUUAGGAAGGAGCUGAUUUAUUAGUAUGCUGAUAACAUUUUUGACAUAAACAUUUCGUACCACUGUUGCAGUAAUCAUACUUGAAUCAUUUGGUACUCCUCCACAGGGAUGAAAUUUAAACUAAAAACAAUAGGUCUUUAGAACUAUUGAAGUUCAAAUAAAAUUGUGGGUUAAUUCUGACUUAAUUGAUUUAAGAAAAUGUUAUAGGUACAGGAUACAUUUUCACAGAUUAAGCAUAUUUCAAAGGAAAUGGAAAAUUCUUUUAAAUUUUUACCCUUUUCUCUGAAUUUUAAUGUUUAAAGCAAAAAUGUAGAAAAUAGGACAGCUUACAGUAGCUUGGAAGUUACUACUAGCUAUGUUGACCACUUACAGGUCUCCUAGCUUAUGUAGUUAAGGGAAAGCCUAUUUGAAAAGUUUGUCUUCAAAUUUCUCUUGUAUCGUGUUUAAGACAAAAGUGCAUGUUCCUUACAGGCUAAUUCUAGAUUUUUGUCUUAAUAAAUUAUUUUCAGAAAUGGCUAAAAAUGUACAGAAAAUAAUAAAUCUCUUCAUUACACAGAAUAAUUUGUUGAUAGAUAAAGACAAAAUUAUUUUAAUUUACACUUUGAGUACUGGUGAUGGCCAGAUACUUCUGAGUCUUAAAAGCAAAAUAAUUGGUCACAUCCCAAAUAUAUAAAAAUUGUAGUGCCUUUAUUGUUGGGAUGUUUCUUAAAAUUGUAUAUCUAAUUAAGGCACAGAAUUGUUUCUAGAUCUUGAAUCUGGCUAAAAUAUAGUAGAUGUGUAUAUCGAAAUUAUAAGGCAUAACUGGCCUGGCCACAGUAAGAAUCUAUUAGGCCUCCCUUUUGCAUUUGUGUAAUAGAAUUUAACAGUACUUGGUGCCUUCACGGGUUAUCUCUUCAGUGGCUCAAAGGUACUGUUUCAAGCACAAUUUAGACUAGGGUUGAACCACUCAUGCUCAUCAUAGGUACACUCAGAUACUGUAAAAAUAUCACUAUAUCGGUCCACUAGCAACAGCAAGAGUUAGAUCUAAAGGAAAUGGAAUUAGACUUUUUAGAGUAUAAUGAUGUAUAUUUGUGGUAUCAUUGAGUAAAACAAGAACAGUCUGAAAUUAAUGCAAAAAUAAUUAAGCCAUCUCAUUGUUUCCAUCAAAUAAGUUUUGCGGUGGUCUUUGAACUCUAAAAAAAAAUUUUUUUUUUUGCAUUUGAAAAGAAACACAAAUCAAGUGGUAAUAUGGGGUUAGUUUACCCUCUGGCCAAGUCUGGCCAAGGGCUACUGAUCUUAGUUGAGGAUUUAAAAAAUUAUAUCAGACCCACAGUUUCAGGAAUUGACUUAAAUGUUGCUGCUCCUCACUGUUGAACAGAAAUGUUGUUUAAUGGCACCAGUCAACUCAAGUGAAUUUACCCAACGUUGCAAUGAAACACCAUAAGGCUGCUGUGGAAAUUUAAUUUUAUCUUUUAAUUUUGAACACCCAAAGAAUUAAAGAUUCAUGUUUAAAAACAUUAAUCCUAUACAUCCAGCCUAGGAAGUUGCUUUUACUAACGGGACCUUUUGAGUUGGCCUUUUUUUUUUUUAUAAUCCU